AUGGACUUUGCGGAGCAAGAGAUAGACAUAUUCGGGGAUGGAGACUACUCAAACGACGAAGGCCAAGGGGAAAACGAAGAAAAACAACAGACCCACCAAUCAUCUACACCAUCCUCGUCAUCUUCAGGCUCUUCUUCACCUUCUUCAUCGUCUAAUCACAGUGGAAGUAGUGGUCGCAGCGGCAGUGGUAGCGGCAGCGGAAGCGAAAGUGGAAGUGGCAGCGACGGCGAAGAGGAGGAGGACGACGAAGAUAAUGGGGAAGUGAGGUCUAAUUACAAUAAUAGUCAUAAUGAGAACGAUGAUGAUGACGAUAAAUAUCUGUUUGGGUCUGAUAAUGAAGAACACUGUAAAACCCCUUCGAAAAGUCCUUUUUUGGUGCCCGUGUUGCCACCAAUUCGUAAUUCUAACAACCAGGGAGGAGGUUUUGGGCGUGGUCGUUGGCAAAAUGAUAGAGGAGCUGGCAUCCUUCCUCGACCUGGACCUUAUCCUCAAAGGCAUGGCUAUGGUCAUGGUUCCAAGUUCAUUAAUGGUCGUCAUGAUGACCAUUUUGUUUCUGAAUUAAAGCUUGCGAAAAGUGAAGAAACUUUAACAAGAAAAUGCAUACAAUUUCAGGAACCGUGCGAACUUGCUUGCUAUAGUCAUGCAGAAGGUGGGGAUGUGUACUUUGAUGAUCGCAGUUUGAGGCUUUUUAAAUGGCUUAUUACUGAAGAUGUUGGAGCCGACCUGAAUGAAGGUUUCGACACUUUCAUUGAAAAGCAAGGUAUUUCUUCAGACUGA